GUUUCAUUGUAACAGAUUGAGUUGACAUCGUUGGUUAUAUGCCAUUUGAAUACUGGUUGCCUUAGGAGAUAUCUCUAGUUAUGAUAUCAGAUCCAUUGCAAUAAGAUUGAGUAAUGGAGAAGGCAGGGGAAGUAAAUGAGAUGGUGCAUCAGAUGCAGAAGUUUUCGUGGGUGGACUAUAUAGUAUUUGUGUUUAUGUUAGCAAUUAGUGCCGUUGUGGGGGUGUAUUGGGGUUUUAUGAAAAAGCAGACCACACAAAAUGAUUACUUGCUUGGUGGUAGGAAUAUGAAAGUUGUUCCUGUGGCUAUGUCACUCGUUGCUAGUUUUGUCUCAGGUAUAACAUUGUUGGGUUCGCCGACUGAGGUAUAUAUGCAUGGGACACAGUACGCUUAUAUUAUGGGCGGAAUAUUCCUGAUGUCGAUAGUUAUGACUCAGGUCUAUUUACCAGUAUUCCACGAGCUUAAGAUCACGUCUAAUUAUGAGUACUUAUCAUUGAGAUUCGAUAACAGGGUUCGACUAUUUGGAUCAGUUUUAUUUGCAUUUACUUUGGUAGGUUGGUUACCAAUUGUUAUUUAUGUACCAGCACUGGCUUUCAAUCAAGUAACUGGCGUUGACAUACAUGUUAUUACACCAAUCGUAUGCUUAGUAUGCAUUUUUUAUACAAGCGCGGGAGGACUUCAAGCAGUGGUAUGGACAGAUGUAAUACAAAUCACAGCUAUGUUUGGGGCAAUGGCAUUGGUUGCGAUUAAAGGUACAAUCGAUGUCGGGGGUAUAGAUGUUGUUUGGCAAAGAAAUUGGGACAGUGGCCGCAUAGAACUGCCCAAUUGGGAUCCUAGUCCUCUAGCACGGCACACAAUAUGGAAUUUGGUAGUUGGAGGGUUGAUUUAUUGGCUGCAAGCUAACGCCGUGAAUCAAACUAUGGUGCAACGAUAUCUAGCGUUACCUACUUUACGUGGAGCGAAAUGGGCAGUUGUAUUAUUCAGUAUAGGUAUAUCAGUGUUAUAUUGUUUCUGCCUAUAUUGUGGCUUGCUGAUAUAUGCUCGUUUUUACGACUGUGAUCCUUUACAGACAAAGUUAGCUAAAGCCAAAGAUCAACUGUUACCACUGCUAGUGAUGGACGUUUUAGGAGAAAUACCAGGGCUGCCUGGAGUGUUUGUGGCUGGCAUUUUUAGUGCAGCUCUGAGUUCAUUAUCAACAAGUUUGAAUUCCAUGUCCGCUGUGGUUCUAGAAGAUUUCUAUAAGCCAUUUCAGAGGAAGCCACUUACAGACCAGCAAGCUGCUUGGCUCAUGAGAGGAGUCGUUGUUCUGCUUGGUGUUGUUUGUGUAGCAUUAGUAUUUAUCGUCGAGAAAAUGGGGACGAUACUACAAUUGACUAUGACGUUAGAAGCCAUGACCAUGGGCCCUCAACUUGGCGUUUUUACAAUGGGUAUAUUAAUGCCGUGGGUUGAUUCAACUGGCGCAUUGGUUGGCGGUGUAAGUGGACUGGCAUUGAUGUCUUGGUGGUGUCUCACUGCUCAGAUGGCAAUAGCACGUGGUUACAUCUCGCAUCCUCACAAAACGCUGAUCACAGAGGGCUGUACAUACAAUUAUACUAUAUCAUAUGAUGGAGCCGGCGUUAUCUCGGAUGAGGAUGUGAACCCGGUACUACGUGUAUCUUAUAUGUGGUACACGCUAGCAGGAGCGGUGGUUACCAUGAGUAUGGGAAUAGUAGUGUCACAAAUAAACCGCGCCCGAGGAAAAGCAUAUGUGCCACCCGCACCCAAGUUACUAGCACCACAACUGAGAUGGUUGUAUCGAGAGCCUCCGCAUCCCACUGACGAGCUGUACAUAAGAGCUUAUGAACAUAAUAAGGAACCGAGCCAAAUGAAUCAUGAAUCUACAUCAAUAAACAUGAAGCCUAUGAAUGAAAGAGAAAGCAUUAAUUCAUAAGAUUUUAAUUAAAUUAUGUUCUCUGUUUAUGUAUACAGUGAGUUUUUUAUUAUUAAUGAAAGUUAUACAUGAAAGGAAA